UACAAAUGACAGUUUGAAAUUAGUAAACAAUUCUCCCCGUACACGUUCAGCAUGAGCGCGGUUUUAGUGCCCGGUGAAGCCGUUUCUGAAAUCGAAGAGGUAGCAAAAACCAAAAAAGUCGUCCUCGGUCCUGGCCUCCGUCGUACCAAUGACUCUGUUUUGGCAUGCAAGGCAGGAGUUUUGUGUAAAAAGGCUCCAAAUAUGUUUUGGAUUGACAGCUACCAGCGUCGGUACGUCCCGGUGCGCGGUGAAUGCGUCCUCGGCGUAGUAACCCAGAAGGCGGGCGAUAUCUUUCGCGUCGAUAUUGGAGCACACGAGCAAGCUUGCCUGUCGUACUUGGCCUUUGAAGGAGCCACAAAGAAGAAUCGUCCUGACAUACAGCUGGGGGAUUUGCUCUACGCCAGGUUGGUCGUGGCGAGCCGAGAUUUGGAGCCAGAGUUGGUCUGCGUGAAUUCACAUGGCAAAAAGGAGAAGCUGGGCGUGUUGAAUGACGGUUUCGUGUUCAACUGUAGCAUUAACCUAGUUAGAAAGAUCCUGAAUAAGAACUGUCCUUUGCUGCAAGCCUUGCAGAGAGAGAUGCCGUUCGAAGUCGCCGUCGGAAUGAAUGGAAGAAUAUGGAUAAAGGCGAAGACAAUGCGAGAGACGAUUGCUGUAGGGAAUGCCAUUCUAGCUACAGAAUUCGUCUCGAAUGAUGAUAUUAGGAAAUUGUGCGAAAACAUUGGAAAUAUAUUGUUUACAUAAGUA